UCUGUUACCCAACUAAAUCACAACCACACACAUAAAAACAUAAGCAAAUAAAAUAAAAUCUCAUAUUUAUUAUAUACAAACAUUCACUUGCCCUUUAGUCUCUACGCAAAGAAGCAAACCACCAAAUCAAAUGGCUGCUCCAUCAUCACUAAUAGCUCUCAAGAAGCCAAUAUUCCUCUCUUUUUCUCCACACAAUAUAUUCAAUACCAAACCAAAAACCCUAAUCUUGACAACACAGUUGAAGACUUGUUCCCUCGUUUACUCAUCUUCUUGCACAAGCAUUAACUCUUCAACAACUCAACCCCUUGUUUUAAACAACAAACAAGAAGAAAAAGAAGAAGCAGAAGCAGAGGUCGAAGAAGUGAGUCUUGGAUCAAUUUGGAGAGAAGUACAAGGUUGUAAUAACUGGGAAGGACUACUAGAUCCAAUGAACAACCAUCUUCGAAGCGAGAUCAUACGUUACGGCGAGUUUGCUCAAGCUUGCUACGACUCAUUCGACUUUGAUCCUCACUCUAAAUACUGCGGCUCUUGCAAGUACCAUCCUUCAGAUUUAUUCUCAAACCUUGACCUAAAUCUACACAAGGGCUACACCAUAACACGUUACCUCUACGCAACUUCCAACAUCAACCUCCCAAACUUCUUCCAAAGAUCAAAACUCAGCUCUAUUUGGAGCCAACAUGCAAACUGGAUGGGUUACAUUGCUGUAGCUACGGAUGAGGAAGAGGUGGCUAGGCUCGGGAGACGUGACAUAGUCAUCGCUUGGAGGGGCACUGUCACUUAUCUCGAAUGGAUCUAUGACUUGAAAGACAUUCUUUGUUCAGCUAACUUCGGUGACGACCCUUCAGUCAAGAUUGAAUUAGGGUUUCAUGACUUGUACACCAAGAAAGAAGACUCUUGCAAGUUCUCUUCCUUUUCGGCUCGAGAACAGGUUUUGUCCGAAGUCAAACGUCUUGUUGAGUACUAUGGUCAAGCAGGUCAUGAGAUAAGCAUCACCGUGACAGGUCACAGCCUGGGUGCAGCUCUUGCUUUGGUCAGUGCUUAUGAUAUCGCGGAGCUAAACUUGAAUCACAUACCGGAGAACAACACUAAAGUCCCAGUUACUGUGUUCUCCUUCUCAGGACCACGUGUAGGCAACUUGAGGUUCAAGGAACGAUGCGAAGAGCUAGAUGUCAAAGUUUUGAGAGUGAUAAACGUGCAUGACAAGGUACCUUCAGUUCCAGGGAUAUUUGCAAACGAGAAGUUUCAGUUUCAGAAAUAUAUCGAGGAGGCAACAUCAUUCCCAUGGAGCUACGCACACGUUGGCACAGAGCUUGCCUUAGACCACAAGAAAAGCCCGUUUCUGAAACCGACCAAGGAUUUGGGCUGUGCACAUAACCUAGAAGCUUUACUUCAUUUGGUGGAUGGAUAUCAUGGAGAAGAAGAAGGAGAAGAGAAGAAGUUUUGUUUGGUGACGAAGAGGGACAUAGCUUUAGUGAACAAGAGUUGUGACUUCCUAAAAAGUGAUUAUCACGUACCGCCUUGUUGGAGACAAGACGAGAACAAAGGGAUGGUUAAGACCGGAGAUGGUCGGUGGGUUUUGCCUGAUCGACCACGGCUCGAGCCUCAUCGACCAGAAGAUAUCACACAUCAUCUUCAAAAAGUUCUUGGCACAUCUAACGGCGAACCUAAACUCUUACAUUAACCUCGCCACUUACUACUGAACCCUAAUUAAUAAUCUCAAACCCAAAUAUAAAAUAUUUUAAAAAAACUUUAAUUAAUGAUAUUUUGAUUUUUUUUUUUUUCCUUUUGUGUGCUAUUUGGGAAUAAAAUAUGUGUUAUUGUUAU